GGCCGCCGCGCCGGCCGCCCCCUGCAGCCUGUGUUGCAGCUGCUGGCCACCGGAGGGGGCGAAAAAACGUCAACCUGUUGUUUGUCCCGUCACCGUUUAUCAACUCUCAGCACCACAAGGAAGUGCAGCACCCACACACGCUCAGAAAGUUCAGCAUGCAGGAAGUUUGGGGAGAGCUCGGCGAUUAGCUCAACGUCCCGGGCCAUCGCUGGCCGAGCGCAGGCGGCGAGAGCGCGGGGCGGUGUCCGUCCCGGGAGCGGAACCCGGCUUUUUCUUGGAGCGACGCUGUUCCUAGGUCGCUGAUCCCAAUGCACCGGCUCAUCCUUGUCUACAUUCUAGUCUGCGUAAACUUUUGCGGCUAUCGGCACACUUCUGCAACUCCGCAGAGCGCAUCCAUCAAAGCUUUGCGCAACGCCAACGUCAGACGAGAUGAGAGCAAUCACCUCACAGACUUAUACCGAAGAGAUGAAACCAUCCAGGUGACAGGAAACGGCCACGUGCAGAGUCCUCGCUUCCCGAACAGCUACCCUCGGAACCUGCUUCUGACAUGGAGGCUUCGUUCCCAGGAGAAAACAAGGAUACAGCUAGCAUUUGACAAUCAGUUUGGAUUGGAGGAAGCAGAAAAUGAUAUCUGUAGGUAUGAUUUUGUGGAAGUUGAAGAUAUAUCUGAAACCAGUACUGUUAUUAGAGGACGAUGGUGUGGACACAAAGAAGUUCCUCCAAGGAUAACAUCAAGAACAAACCAAAUUAAGAUAACAUUCAAGUCUGAUGAUUACUUUGUGGCUAAACCUGGAUUUAAGAUUUAUUAUUCUUUUGUGGAAGAUUUCCAACCGGCCGCAGCCUCAGAGACUAACUGGGAGUCAGUCACAAGCUCCAUCUCAGGGGUAUCCUAUCACUCUCAAUCAGUAACGGAUCCCACUCUCACUGCGGAUGCUCUGGACAAAACAGUUGCAGAAUUUGAUACUGUGGAGGAUCUCCUCAAGCACUUCAAUCCAGAAUCAUGGCAAGAAGAUCUUGAGAAUCUGUAUUUGGACACCCCUCAUUAUCGAGGCAGGUCCUACCAUGACAGAAAGUCAAAAGUUGACCUGGACAGGCUCAAUGAUGAUGUCAAGCGGUACAGUUGCACUCCCAGGAAUUACUCAGUCAAUUUAAGAGAGGAGCUGAAGCUGACCAACGUGGUCUUCUUUCCACGUUGCCUCCUCGUGCAGCGCUGUGGAGGAAAUUGUGGCUGCGGCACUGUCAACUGGAAGUCCUGCACGUGCAGUUCAGGGAAAACUGUGAAAAAGUAUCACGAGGUAUUAAAGUUUGAGCCUGGCCAUUUCAAGAGGAGGGGCAGAGCUAAGAAUAUGGCUCUAGUUGACAUCCAGUUGGAUCACCAUGAGCGGUGUGAUUGUAUCUGCAGCUCAAGACCACCUCGAUAAAAGAAUGUGCAUGUACUUACAUUAAGCCUGGAAGAACCUUUAGUUUAAGGAGGGUGUGGUAAGACCCUUUUCCCACCAGCAACCGAACUUACUACUAGCCUGCCAUGCCAUGAAUGCAAGUGGUUGCUGAGUUUCAACCUAGCUUUGUUAGUGUCAUGUAAAGUAGAAAGGUGUAUCAUCAACUAUCAACUUCUAUAUUCAAGAAUAUAGGAUUGCAUUUACUAAUAGUGUCUGGGGAUAUAUAUAUAUAUACAUAUACAUAUUCAUGUCUAUGUGUAAAUAGAUAUAUCAAAUGGUUUAUCCAAUAUAUAUAUAACCAGGUACACCAAAGCUUAUACAGGGUUACUUAGGUCCUUAAAAUCCUUUGACAAAAUAAGGUAUGUGUUAAAUACAUGACACAAUUCUUUAAAAGUUCUGAAGAUGAAUUUAAUUUGUUUAUAUUUUAAUUUUUGAAUGACUAAACAGUUUUGGUCCUUGCUCUCUUAAAAAAGGCACCUUGUGUAUUAAAAACAAAAGGUGAGUUCUUAUGUGUACGUCUUAAUUGAGCAUAAAAGAGGAAAAAUCUGGUUUCUAGAAAAAAGUCAAAUACCUAAUCAUCUUUCCCCCCGUGAGAUGCACUACACACUUAUCUAUGUAUACAAUAAUUACUUGUCUCCCAAACCAUGUGAUGAGAAUAUAGGUGCUUUAGAAAUUAAGUCAUUGUCUUCUUUUUAUGCGUUUUGCUGAGGCAUGCUAAUUCAUUUAACACAUGUUCAGCAGAAGUUGCUCGUAAGGUUUAUCAUUAUAAUCUUACAAGAGGCAAUUUAUAAGCUGUAAUAGAAUUUUGAAAUUUUUUUUCUUUCCCAAAAUCCCUCCACAAAAACAGACCCUUUCAAGAGCAACAUGGAGAUGCUGCAUGAGCCUUCCCAAAUAGUGUUCAUUGGAAGAUCUGGGCAGUUGAAAGUCAAAACAGUGAGCAAUGAAGUAUUAAUAUAACUGGAAAUUGGAUGGAAUAUUUGCUAGGGCCUAUAUUUAACCAUGUGUUCAAAGUCUCCAAGCUGUGCUAGUUCCUGUGAGGUAUUUUGCUUUUGUGUUCCUGUCUCUUCGAUAUAUGGACAUGGAUUUACAAUGACAUUUUAUGCUUGGCAUGCCAUCGUGGAUUAUUUAUAGCUUAAAAACUUUUGUGUAUUAAUAAAAGAACCAAAUUUUAGUGAUGUAAAUCCCUAACCAUAUAUUCACUCACCAUUUUAAAUUCCUAUUUCUAACCCAAAUGAAAUCAUGUCUGGAGUCACUGGUUCUUUCCAAAUCUGUGGAGCUUGUUCUAGAGCCACUGUGUAAAUUGUGCAGGCACAGAUUCAGCCCCGCUCCACCAUGAGAAAACUGUUUUUGCAGUAGUUUUUACUGGUAUUUAUAGUGAUUUUUCCUCCCUGGCUCCCAAAUGUCUGUUUUAAAGGAGACUGACUCCAGGGGUAGGAAGUGAUUCAUCAUUCUUCAAAGUAAGGUUCUUAAAGGAGCAAUACUGAAAUCAAGAUUGCUCAGGGGCUCCCUGCAGGAGAAAUACGUUUUUCUUCCUGCCUUGAGAGAAGAAAGGACAGUCGAUUUCUUCUGUGGGUCUAUCUAGGUCCCUACUGAUAACAACCAGUUUGGGUGAUGGGUAUGUGACAGGGACUACUUAAGUCCCAUUGUCACAUGAGUGGCUUAAGUAUAGGUGGAUUUCUAAGCCUGAGGCACUGCGGACCCGGUUCACAAUCAUCCUGAGUAACCCAUUUCUUCUCAGCUCUUUGAGAUGAAAGGCCAAUACUUAUUGAAGAUACAUCUCCUAAAAUUUCCCUGCAAGUGUCCAGUGUUUUUACUUCAAGGGGUGAGUAAUAAAAUUACUCUCCAAAAUCCCAGAGCAAGUCAGAAACUGCAAAAUCAGAAAUAGCCCAAGUAGACAUUCUAAUCAUCAGAAACCACUCCUUACUUUCAUAGCCAGGUAACAAGUUUCCUAUGAAAACACUGGCUUCCUGCACCACAAUCAAAAUGUGGGUUCCAUCACACUGGCUAAUACAGCUCACAUCAUAGCUGUAAAUAUGAAAAAUGAGAGUGUUCUACCCAAUUUUAAAUAAGUCUUACAGACUGCAACAACCAGAAUGGUUUUCAGUUAAAGUCCUAUCUGUACAUUGUAUUUAUUAGCUGAAAUGCAAGCAGGCAUAUUCACUUACUUCUCUAAUUCUUUCUUGAGUGUUUUAUUAAAACUUCUCCCUUGGUUACCUGUUAUCUAUUGCACUUCGAACAUGUAGCCAAUAAAUCUGUUCCAUUGCCAUCAAAGGAAUAAAAAUCUCACCAUACAAAUUACAUUUCAAAACAAACCCUAAUAAAUCCACAUUUCUGUAUGGCUCACUCACCUGAAAUAAUGCCUUAUAGUCAAUAUGUUCUUAUAGGGCAGAAUACUUUCAUAAGUGGAAUUUGUUAUUUUUUUUGUGUGUGUCAUAUUGGUAACAUGUAGCUUUUUUCUCCCAUAGGAUUUUCUAUAGC